UUCGCGCGCGCAGAUGUGGAGUGGCGAGCACGUGGUGUUCCUUAGCAACAGCCCUCCACUUCACCACGUUCAGAUUCCAACUCCUUUUGAGCCUCUCCGGUUUCUACUACUACUACAACAGCUCCUACUACUACUACUACUACUACUGCUGCUGCUGCUGCUGCUGCUGCUAGUGGUGGUACCGCAACAGAGGAGCUGAACUGGAAACUCCCCCUCACCUCCGCAUCUUUCCAAACAACUUCUGAAUUAGCGGUUUUGUCAUUUUGCGCUCUCAACUCUUUCAAAGCUGCAACAAAGUUCAACCCCACAUCAGUGGCGCUGCAUAAAGUUACCUGCAUUGGGGGAGAUUGCCACAUGCGCGAGGAAUACUGGAUGGUUAAUGUAUUUAUAUAGGUAAACUACUUUUAUCCAAACGCGGACAGGGUGCACAUGUGGAUCAGAGCGAUGCUGUGGAUGUGACGGACAGCUGCUUCAAACACGGUUCACUGCUUUCAGCCACAAUGAAAGACGACUUUGCUGAUGAAGAGGAGGUGCAGUCCUUUGGAUAUAAGAGGUUUGGUAUUCAAGAGGGAACCGAGUGCACCAAAUGUAAAAAUGAUUGGGCCUUAAGAGCUGCCAUUGCCCUUCUGUAUGUCCUCUGUGCCCUGCUCACCAUCGCAGUGGCUGUCCUCGGAUUCAAAGUGGUCCAGAGAAUGGAUAAUGUCACAGAGGGUAUGCAGAAUUAUAAAGGCAAGAUCAACGAAGUGGAGACGGAUCUAAAGAAAUUUGGUAACCAGGCUGGGCAGAAGUCAAUAAACGCCACCAGUGAAAUCCGGACUUUUAAAUCUGACUUGGAAGCUUUGAGGAAGCAGCUGGACGAGAUCGCGCUCAGAGCCACAAAGAACCGGGAUGUCCUGGAAGGGCUGCGUCUGACAGGGGGAGAAAUGCAGGCCACGCACACCUCUUUACAGGGGGUUUUGGACUCCAACUCUGCCUCUCUGCGCUCCGUCAACCAGACCUUGACCACCUACAGCUCCAUGUUGGACAAUCUCCAAACGGACACAGCUUACCUACAAUCAGAAAUACAGACGCAGGUGAAAGUGCAGGGGGAGAGCCAGGUCACCAUCAGUGCACUAAACAUCAGUCAAACUCAACAGAGAAACCUCCUGAGUAGUCUGCAGAAAACUGUGGAGGAUGCGGGUCAGGCGGUGCAGAGACUGAAGAAUGACUACCAGGGUCUGCAGCAGAGCGCUCGUCAGGCCGCCUCAGAUACUGAGUGGCUCAAAGAGAAGGUUCAGAACCUGCAGGUGUUAGCAGCUAAUAACUCCGCCCUGACACGCUCCAAUGGAGAGGCGCUGGACGACCUGGGGGCUCAGCUCAGCACUUUGGCCAGUCAGAUACAGAACGCCUCGGCCCUCACAGAGAUCCACGACCAAAGCCUCCGAGAGCUCAUGGACCACCAGAGGGACCAUGACAACAGCACCUCGGCACGCUUUGACGAAGUAGAGGCGCGACUGGACCGUCAUGAGAGCGACAUGGACCGAGUGACAGGGAACGUGAGCUUCUCCUCACAGCUGCUGGGGGCCAUCAGCUCCGACCUCAAUGGGAUGAGGGCUUGUGCAGAGACGGUGAUGAAGCACACAGAUCUGAUCGUGGCUCUGAACAGCAGCGUGACAGAGGUUCGCACAGACAGUAGAGACCUGAAGGCCCAACAGGAUGACCUGGUGUCCCGUUUGGACAAGGAGGUGACCAGUCUGUCCACCGUCAUGGAGGAGAUGAAACUAGUGGACAGCAAACACUCGCAGCUCAUCACCAACUUCACCAUCCUGCAAGGUCCUCCUGGUCCCAGGGGUCCCAAAGGAGACAGGGGUGCACAGGGCCCUGUAGGUCAGACUGGACCCAAGGGUGACAAAGGAGGCAGAGGCGCAACUGGGCUUGUGGGGCCUAAAGGAGAGAGAGGACCUCCUGGUCCCACAGGUGCUGUAGGGCCAAAGGGUUCAGGAGGCCAACCAGGUUUCCCUGGACCCAGAGGGCAAAAAGGACCUGAGGGCAGGCCUGGGUUACAGGGUAAUAUUGGAGACCCAGGACCUCCGGGGCUGCCCGGUCGGGACGGGUUCAGUGGACCGCAGGGUCCUCCAGGAGAACCAGGGCCCAGAGGAGCCCCGGGACCACCAGGUCAGGAUGGUCCGCGGGGGCCUGUGGGCCCUAUCGGCCCUCCUGGUCCUCCAGGUUUACCUGGAUUCCCAGCUCCGCCCCCUAAGGGGCAACCUGGGGUUGUUAAAUCGCUUGCAGCUACAGAGCAGCCUGAAAUUACUCAGCCCACUGCCCCGCCUACUGCUGUCCCCGGCUGCCCACCACACUUUAAAAAGUGGAGAGGAAGUUGCUAUUAUUUUUCCCCUGCUGCUCAAAGACUCAACUUUGAUGAAGCCAACAACUAUUGUACAAACAUUUCAACACAUUUGCUGAUAAUCAGUGACAACGAUGAACAGCAAUACAUUCAAAAAUCUGUUGUUGGGAAGAUGUACUUCUGGCUGGGCCUCACAGACAGAGAGAAGGAGAAUGAAUGGAAAUGGGUGGAUGGGACAUUACCUGAGUUCACGAACUGGAAGCCGGGGCAGCCUGAUAACUGGACCCAUGGACAUGAGGAUGGAGAGGACUGUGCUGGGCUCAUUCACCAGGCCAAGUGGAACGACUUCUACUGCACUGACCGCAUUGGCUUCAUCUGUGAACGCACCGCUGAUGACUUUCCAGUUUUAUAGCAGUGGCAGUCCCACAUGAGCAUGGAUGAAGGAGGAGCUCUAGCACUGACUAGAAGACUCUGAUAAAGUCAGUCAGUGUCAUGGAGACCAGCACUGACAGGUCAAAAGGCACUUUACAACAGUGUGGUGCAAAGGACUAAACAAGCACAGGCCGGCCCCCUGCUAUUGGGACAAAGCGUUUUAUAUGAAAACAUAAGAAUGUUGGAGUCAAAGUGAAGUCCUUAUGUUGUACAGGUUUAUCUGUAAAUAGUGACAAAUUGUGUUCAAAUAAAUACAUUUUUACUCUGUUCUGCAAAUAUAUGAAAUUAUACUGCUAUUAAAGCUAUCGUUAUUUUGUAUUUUUGAUACCACACAGAAGUGAAACUGUGACUGUAACUUAGCAUUCAGAAUGUGCCCAUGGAUCAUUAAAUGACUGCAACAUUUUCUUACCUUGCCUUUAAAACCUUUAUAUGUACUCAUAUUUUUUAGACAUAUAAAUACUAUACAAGUGAGACAUUGUCCAUUAUGCCAAAUUUGUGAAUAUCUUAUUGGUUUGAUUGUGUGUGACUGAUUAACAACAUGCAAUGAAAAAGAGUUUAUUUGUAUAAUCAUUUAGACCUGUAUUAUGAUUUUAUAUGAACCAAACCCACCUAUAGCCUAACAGAUCAAGCAGUAAAAUAGUUAAAACGCUGUAUAACAUUUGCUUUAUUUAAAUAAUAAAAUGUGAUUUUAUAAGCCUA